AUGGAUAACAACAGUCCGAAAUGUGCCAUAGAUCAUCUUCUUGAAGCACAGCAGAAUGGAGAGAUUAACGAGGAUCAUCUCCUUUAUAUUGUGGAAAACAUGAAUUUUAUGGUUAUGGAGACACCUUUAUGGACACUUGAAUGGGGCAUUGCAGAAUUGGUUAACCACCCACAAAUCCAGAGCAAGCUGCGUGAUGAGAUUGACGCUGUGCUUGGACCUGGUGUGCAAAUCACUGAACCUGACAUUGACAAACUACCAUACCUUCAGGCAGUGAUCAAGGAGACCCUCCAGUUUCGAGUGCCAGUUCCUUUUUUGGUGCCUCACAUGAACCUUAACGACGCCAAGCUCGGUGGCUAUGAUGUUCCUGCUGAGAGCAAGAUUUUGGUCAACACUUGGUGGCUCGCAAACAACCCAGAAAACUGGAAGAGGCCCGAGGAAUUUAGACCCCAGAGGUUCUUGGAAGAGGAGUCUAAGGUUGAGGCCAAUGGCAAUGACUUCAGAUAUCUUCCGUUUGGUGUUGGUAGGAGAAGCUGCCCUGGGAUUGUUCUUGCUAUGCCAAUUCUUAGCCUCACUUUGGGAUGCCUGGUGCAGAAUUUCGAGCUGUUGCCUCCUCCGGGGCAAUCCAAGAUUGAUACCACAGAAAAAAGUGGACAAUUCAGUUCACAUCUUUUGAACCAUUCUACCAUUGUCUUGAAGCCAAGAUCCUUUCAGAUCUGA